CCUUCAUGAACUGCGCCAUCAUCCCGUUCAGCCGACGACGAGGAAGGUGCUCGUGGCUACAAGUCAUUCGGCUACUACGAUGUAUGAUGUGCUGGAAAACUUCCUUGUUGCUGCUCAUGUGUUGUUCUUCCUUCCGCAUGUCAACAGCAUUCCUUUGCGGGACGAUCAGCGGAGGUUCUUAUCAUGACAGACAACAGCUGGUUGUAGCUGCAGCGAUGGAAGCUGCAGCGACAAGGGGCUCCAGCACCAUCAGCGUCCAGAUCAAGCACAGCACGAGGAACCCCGUCGAUGCAUAUCAGCUUUCUGGCUGCGGCAGCACCUUCUACGCCAGCGGGUACGACCAGAACGGGAACAAGGACGGCUUGGUCUUGAUGCAGACGAUAUCCGGCGUGCUGGACGAUGGCCGAGAAGUGAUCGGGGUGGUCAAGCCUGGGAAGUACCCCGGGGGCGGCUCGGUGCUCGUCGAGGAACGCCACCUCGUAGACAAGCCCCAGGGCCUGGGCUGGGACAAGGCUGCGAUGCUGCCCUUCCUGGCGAUAAGUUGUCUGUGGCCCUUGUCGGAGGCGGGGUUCGGCGACUCCAUGGAUGCUGGACAGACGUUCGUCGUCACGGGAGGCCAUGGCAGCCUGGCUCCUUUCGUUGUCGCCGUCCUGAAGGCGUGGGGGGGGCGGGUGGCUCUGGCGACGACCAAAAGCGAAGGGGGGGCGCGAGCGCUGGGAGCAGACCUAGCGGUGGACUUUCGGAAGGAGAGCUACAGCGACGUGGUGCAAGACUUUAGCGCCGUGGUCGACACUCUCGGGAGGGAGAAGGAAGGGCCGCAGGACAUGCUGAAGGAGGCCAGAGGGGCCGAGUACGUCUCCCUUCAACCCUCCAUCCUAAAGGUGGCCGUGGAAGACGGCCUGCUGUUUGGGUCGGGUAAGAUCUUGCAGUAUCAGAAGACCGUCGCGAAGGACGACAGCAGGACGUACUUCCUCCCGAACCCGGAGGCGGUGGGGCUGGUCUCGCAGGUCUCGGCGCUGGUCGCCGCGGGGAAGGUGCGGCUAGGGGAGGUCGGCACAGACUACGUGGGCAUGCAGGAGUACCUGGAGGCUCUGGCCUGGCCCAAGGACACCGACACCGGCCUGCGGUUCGGCUUUCCAGGAAAGACGAACAGGUCUUGGGGUUGGCUGGGGGGGGAUAGUCUCGACGAAAGGCUCGCUUGGGAAGACGAGGACGAGGAGGAGGAGGACGAGUGGGAGGGCGAGGCGGGAGAGGGAGACGGCGGUAGGGCCGUCUCGCCAACGGGAGAAGUGGUGGGGUUGAAGAGCCGGGAAGACUUGAAGGACCUCGUGAGGGAGGGGGGAACCAUGAUCUUCGUUAGCUCGAGGAGUUGCCGGGCCUGCAAGUACCUAACGCCGUUUUACCGCAAGCUGGCGCGUAGACAAGAACAGGUGUUGUUCGGGCGCGUCGACGCGUCCUCUCACCCCGAACUGGCGCGACAACUAGGCCUGACGGCCGUGCCUUCCUUCGUUACCUUCCGGGAAGGGGAGGUUGUCACGAGCAAAGCAACAAGUAGCAAGAAAAAUAUCGAGAAGCUUGUGGAGGAGCUGUUGUACGAGUAG